GCAUUCUGCCACUAAAUGGACUGACUGUAUUUGACAGUUUCCCCAAAGUUGGUUUCCCCUGCUGCAUUUGACGAUAGAUUUUUUCUUAUCCGCAAGUUCCGUCCCAGGUUAAAACAUCACAUUGCGGGAACACCGUGUUGUAGAGGUAUUUCUGACAGUUCAAAAUCAUUCAACUGCUUGUCUUGUCAUUUUAAAUCAUUUAGAUCACAGCAUUGCGAACAGCCUAAACUUAAAAUAGAACUGCUCGAAUACGCAGGGUGCUCGAAUCGAAAUUCUGUUGUAAUAUUGUGGAAACGCAUUUAGCAUGUAAACUGUGUGCCUUUGUCAAAUUUUGUUUUCUGUAAACAACAAAUGUGUCGACUAUUUUAAAAUAUUCUGGAUUAAAAGAAUACGAAAAAUUACAAAUCUUGUAAUAUCAAAAUACGAGAAGCAAAAUGCAGGUUCCCGAUCUCGAACCAUCCGACUACUGUCGGCUGUGUUUUUCCCAGCAUCAUCUCAAGUGGGUACUCGAGUCAUCCCAGCAUCCACUGGUGGAUCAGAUUACCGAGUGCCUCGGGCUGUGGCUAGCACCGGAGGAAGAUUUUCCUUGCACCAUCUGUCGUUUUUGUUCCGCUUCGCUGGAAACUUUUGAAGCAUUUCGUGAACGCUCAAAGGACUGCGAUCUCGCGCUCAGAAAGAGUCGACUGGUACCGGUCAACCUAGCAGAUUAUAUGGAAUUUUCGAUAGGUGAUAUUAAACAAGAAUCGCUCAGCAUCGAAAAUGAACCUUUAGACGAGGAAACAGCACCGGAAAGUGUGCUUGAGUCACCACAGUCACCAGAAAGUACGAUUUCUGAGGAGGCGGUUAUUGUUGAAAGCGCCAAUUUUCCUUUUGAACCAGUAGCUGAAAGUCUAGCUCCUCCAAGUGAACCUGUAGCACCGAAGCAGCAACCCGUAAAGAUACGUAUCAUAUCGGGGAAGUUCCGAGCUCCCAAGGGUGUCACGCCACCGAUACACGUAUGUGAGUUCUGCAAACGGCAGUUUGCCUUUAAAGGAUACCUGCGAAAGCAUUUGCGUCAAUGUCACACGAAUAAACAACCCGUUGAAUUGCCAGCUGGCCAUCAAACACAACCAAUCGAAAAACGGGUGGAACCAGCUAAGUUGGUAGCUAUCUCUCCGAAGGAAUUACGAAAGCAGAUGAAUCUAUAUUGUGGGCCCGCGGUUCCCAAAGAGCAACUGGAGAAAAAGAAAUGCCCCAGCCGGUUUGGCUGCGAAAUAUGUCAUGCCAAGUUCACCAAUGUAAGGUUGUAUAUGACCCACUUGAAGGAUGUGCACGGGAAGUCUCCCAAAGGAACCGGAGCGGGCAAUAAACCCCGUUAGUUAGUGCUUCAUUCCCGCUUUAAGGUUGUUUGCGCUUACGAGAACGAAAAAAUACGGUCGAGUCUUUUGAGCAUAUUUUAGAAAAGGUAUUCACACUUUCGGUUCGGUUUAGUUUAAGGAAUGAACCAAACAAAGCGUGUAAAUUAUUGUAGUACUGAUUAAUUAACGAAUUAUUUCCUUAAUUUUAAGAUAAAUGAAUAAUUGAAAUAUAAGUAUUUUUUGCAACUUGUCCAGCUUUUGAUAAAAAAAAAUUAUUGGGCUUCGUUUAUCGAGCCAGUUUGGUCAAAUUCCUCACAUACAACUCUCAAUCCUACCGUAACAGUAACAGGAUAAAAAUAGACAACUUAAGUGGAUUCACCGAGGAAUAAACUUCGUAGGAGUCAAUGGCAAUGACGCGCAUAGCGAAAUAUACGCGCUUGUAGUAGAGAACUUUUUUAAAAUUCAUUUUUUGUCCGCUCUGAAUGCCUAUCACCGACGCCAGAGAGCCCCUGGCAUUUGGACCCUAGAUAACGGCCCAUAUGGACCGGGAAUAACGGCUUUACUCUCCUUCUGAAGGAAGAGGUGACCAGCAUUUGCACCUCACAAAAUCGGUCCAAAAUAUUUUGUUUUCAAGACGAAAUAAUUCAACGCCUUUCCCUUUUUAACGGGAAUAGAAAGGCUUAUGCAUUGUUAGCAUAUCAGCGACACCUAUGCUUUCGACCGAGAACUUCCCGUACUACUCUUGCAAUUAGGGCUGCCAACAU